CUUCGUUCCUCCUCGGAAUGUUUGGGGCUGUGACAUCAGCUCUGCCCCCCUGGGAAUGGAUCUGGGCAUCAUCAGAGGCAAAACACUGCCCAGACUGCCUUGGAUUUCGGUGGAUCAGAGUGUCUGGAGGUUGAGGCGCUGCCAUGAAGCCCUUGGAGCAGAGCCAUGUCCCCGGGCUGGUGCUGAGUGCCCUGUGUGUCCUGGUGGUGGCUUCCCAGGACGAGGUGCCCACCCCGGGUGAGGUGCCCACCCCGGGCGAGGUGCCCAUCCCGGGCGAGGUGCUCAUCUCGGAGGAGAUCAUGGAGAAGCUCCGGGCGUCGGUGGCCAGGAUUGCUGUGAACUCCACUCCCUGCAGCGUCACCUGCGGGCCAGGACUGAAGGUGGAGGAGCUGUGUGAGGUGACCCCGGCCGGGGAGAUGAGGAGCUGCUCCCUGGUCAGCUCCUACUGCCUGGGCAGCUCCCUGUGCGGGCUCCAGCACCUCACCGUGCCCGCGGGGCAGCCCCUCCAGCUGCCCUGCCUGGCCCCUGAUGCCCCCAGGCCGGGCAACCACAGCUACAGCUACACCUGGGGGCUGGCCCGGGGCCUCAUCACCACCAACGACCUCCUGUUCGAGCCCCUGAAGAACUCCAGCCCUGGCCUGAGCUUCGAUCCCGCGCGGGAGCCGCACGCCGGGACCUACCGGUGCGAUGUGCAUCUCCUGGGCACCCCCAAGCUCAUCAAGAGGGUCUACUUUGGCCUCAGGGUCAUCCCUGGAGACCUGGUGGGGCUCAACUUCCAGCAGGCCCUGAGCUGGGAGCAGAACCUGAAGGAGGGGAGCGCCGGGAACGGCAGCCGGGAAGGGCUGGAGCGCUUCUGGGAGCGGGAGGAGUUCAUGGAAGCUGUGCUGGGAAUUGGGAGCGGGGUGCUGGGGAGCAUCCUGCUCAGCCUCCUGCUCUGCUGCUGCCAGAGGCUUUGGAGGAGGAGAAGAGCAGAGAAAUGA